GUUCCGAUUGAAUAAUUUCUUGGCUUAGAUAAUGUUGAUGUAGGCUUUAUGCAUUUAAAGUGAUAGAAAAAUAUACACCUUAAAUUGCAUGUGUAGUAGCAGUAGUUGUCGUUGUGUUGAUAUAUAGUGGAAGUACAAAUUAUUCAAUUUAAACGAAGAUUUUGAGAAGGACAAUGCAUUUUACGUUGAUAUUAACGCUGAUGCUGUUAUCAGUCAUUAACGAGGAGCCUGUGAAUGCCGUAGAUUUCAAGGUGGUUGACCUUACUCAUGUACAGGAUUUAAGUACAAUAUACUGGCCGGGAAACCCCAAAUACAACUUCACUGUGCUUUCCCGUAACAGAAGCGCAAAUGGAUAUUGGUAUGAAUCAAACUCAUUUCAAACAGCAGAACAUGGAGGAACUCAUCUUGACGCACCUGCGCACUUUGCUGAGGGAAAGAAUAGACAACAUCAAAUUCCAAUGGAAAAAUUAGUAGGCCCAGGAGUUGUAAUUAAUGUAAAGACAAAAGUAUCUAAAAACCCCGACUACCGAGUAAUAACCGAUGACUUGAAAGAUUGGGAAACCAGGAAUGGAAUGAUUCCAAGUGGAGCAGUUGUAAUAAUGAAUUCUGGAUGGACCUCAAAAUACCCAAACAAAACGCUCACGUUCGGAAGUCAAACACCUGAUGACUCAAGUACCUUUCAUUUUCCUGGAUGGCAUGAAGAUGCAAUCGACUGGUUGAUUAAAAAUAGACAAAUCCACGUGGUCGGUGUAGACACACCUUCCACCGAUUACGCACGAUCUACGACGUAUCCUGUGCACGUUUUGCUCGGAUUAGCGGAUAUUCCUGGCGUUGAAAAUGUCGCGAAUCUGGACUUAAUCCCGGAAAGUGGAUCUAUCAUUUACGUCGCUGCAAUUAAGUUAUAUGACGGAAGUGGGGGACCUACAAGGGUGUUUUCUACUUUUGUAGAAAAUGGUAUGACAGGUUCAUCGUCGCCAUUAUGUUCAAGCAUUAUCAAUUUCAUACUUACAAUUGUUUUUGGUCUCGUCAUCUACAGUGCAUUCAGAUAAAUGUGAAAGAAAAAGUUUACUUGUAUAUGUUACCUAUGAUUUUGAAAUGCAAAAUAUGAAAGUACAUUUAUUAAUUUAUCAAGCAUGUAAUGCAAUCGGAUCUCGGCUAUUAUUGAUAAUAACCUUGGACUUAAAACGAAUUGAAGGUGGUUUUAAAUGUAAAAAGAAACAGAGGAUGUAAUCUUUGAUGAUGUGUAACGAAUGUAUUUGUUUGACAUCCAAAGGAAAAUAAAGUCUAUUUCGGUAAAAUCAUGAUUGAAAAUAUGUCUGACAAUCAUAAUCUAUUUAAAAAUGCCCACUGAUGUCAUUCCAUAGACAUUCUGCACUUUCAGUUUAUACAACCAAGAUAAUAUGUAUAUAAAUAAUGUACUGUUUACUUCUAUAUCUAUAAAUUUAGGUGAACUUUUAUUCGAUAUAUUGAAGUAAACCUCAGAAUUUAAAUUAUUAUUUUUUUUACAUGUUUUGUUUUGACCACAUUAACGCAAUCGUUAAAUGUAUUCUUAAUACUGUGUUCGAUGGCAUUAUCCUAAA